GGUUUGUCAUUCUCAUUCACUUUGGGUUUGCUCCAUUUCUCUCUUCCUACUAUGGCAUUUUCUUCUCAGGCCAUCUUUGCUAUGUCCACUCCUCCAAAUAUUGCUCAAAAAAUGAACCUACAUCUUGGGCACUCUAAUCUCAUUCAGCUAGAUAUAUCCAAACCUAUGUCCACUAUUCCAUUAACUCCACCUUGUUUGCAGGAUGACAUUCGUUUCCAGCAUGAACAAAAGUUGGAGGUAUUCAGGAAUCUAUUGAGCAGAGUAGGAGAAGAAAGUUUGAACAUGAUCGAUGCCAUUCAACGUCUAGGUAUCGAUUACCACUUUGAAGAACAAAUUGACCUAAUCAUAUCUAGUCAUGCUAAUGCCCUUUCUCAUCAACAAAAUGACCUUCAUGAAGUUUCCCUUCGAUUCCGGCUUCUCAGACAACAUGGUCACUUCGUGCCCGAGGAUGUGUUUAACAAUUUCAAGGAAAGAGAAGGAAAGUAUUUUAAGCAAAUAUUAAACAGUGAAGAGGUCAAGGGACUGAUGAGUGUGUAUGAAGCUUCACAACUAAGCAUGGAAGGAGAAGAUGCACUUGAUGAAGCUGGAAAAUUGAGUGGUCAUCUCCUAAACAGAUCACUGUCAUAUCUCGGUCCUCAUGAGGCCAGACUUGUGGAGAACACACUGGGGUGCCCCCAUCACCAAAGCUUGGCCGCAUUCAUGGCCAAGAACUUUUUGCUUCCUAAUUCCCAAGCUGGCAUGAAUAAUAGAUGGCUAAAUAUGCUACAAGAAGUGGCAAAAACGGAUUUUAAUUUGGUUCAGUCCCUACACCACAAGGAGAUUGUUCAAAUUUCCAAGUGGUGGAAAGAGCUGGGAUUGACAAGGGAACUGAAAUUUGCAAGAGACGAGCCAGUUAAAUGGUACAUUUGGUCCAUGGCAUGCCUAACAGAUCCAAACUUGUCAGAGGAGAGGAUUCAGCUCACAAAACCUAUCUCAUUCAUCUAUUUGAUUGAUGACAUUUUUGAUGUUUACGGGACGCUUGAUGAACUCACUCUCUUCACUGAGGCUGUCAAUAGAUGGGAAAUUGGUGCUAUAGAGCACUUACCGGACUACAUGAAGAUAUGUUUCGAGGCUCUCUACAAUAUAACGAAUGAAAUCAGCUGCGAGGUUUAUCAAAAGCACGGGUGGAACCCGUUACAUUCGUUGAAGAAAGCGUGGGGGAGUCUGUGCAAUGCAUUUUUAGUAGAAGCAAAAUGGUUCAAAUCCGGGCACUUUCCGAAGGCAGAAGACUACUUAAAGAAUGGUAUUGUUUCUUCUGGUGUCAAUGUGGUGAUGGUGCAUAUCUUCUUUCUCUUGGGUCAAGGUAUAACCAAACAAAGUGUGGAGCUGGUGAAUGAAACUCCAGCAAUUGUGUCUUCCACAGCAGCAAUUCUUCGGCUUUGGGACGAUUUCGGAAGCGCAGAGGAUGAGAAUCAAAGUGGGCACGACGGGUCAUAUGUAAGGUGCUACUUACAAGAACAUCCAGGUUCUUCCAUGGAGGAAGCACAAGAAAAUACAGUGAAUAUGAUUUCAAAAGAAUGGAAGAACCUGAACAAGGAACUGGUCUCUCCAAAUUACCCUUUUCCGGCGACGUUCACCAACGCUUCCCUUAAUCUUGCAAGAAUGGUCCCGUUGAUGUAUAAUUACGAUGACAACCAGCACCUUCCAUCUCUUGAGGUGUAUAUGAAAUCCAUGCUGUAUGAAACUGAAUCUGUGUACUAAUUAUUCAACGCUAUAAAAUUGAAGAAAUUAUUGAA